GUGAUCAGAGCAAAAUGCGAGGGAAAUGUUUCCCGCCAUUUCCAUGACUUCCUCCUCCUUCCUCCGCCAAACCCUCACACUAAUACCCUUUUCCUUCUGGUUUCCUUUUCUCUCCCAUUUCUGCAAAACAUAGUCCCUAAAAUUAGAUCUCCGCAAAACAAACACUGACCCAAACACCCCAGUGCUUCAAUGGCGGAAACUCGAACACCCAAAAAGCCAUCAGCAAAAGCCUUCAAGUCUCCGAAACAAUCGUCUCCUCUCCCUCCGACGUCAAGCUUCCUCACCCCGCAGACUCCGCAGACCGCCGACCCACCCCGCCGAUCCUCCCGUCGUCUAUCCCUGAAGUUCGAUUCCACCCCCGAGAAGCCAGUUCAGCAAUCGGCGAGGAAGGAGAGGAGCUGGAGGAGAAAUGAAUUGAUAAAACCCCCAAAAACGAGUUCUAAAACUGUGGACGCGGCGGAGUUGACUUUCUCCCCGGCGUCGCCGGAGCAAUCGGAGGCGAGGAAGAGGAAAAGAGCCGAUGGGAAGCAGCAAAGGACGGCGGCGAAGCGGGUUUAUUACAGGAAAGUGGUGUAUGACGAGGGAGAAUUCGGGGUUGGGGAUGACGUGUAUGUGAAGCGGAGGGAGGACGCGAGCUCCGACGAGGAGAUCCCUGAAUCGGAGGAAUGCAGAAUGUGCUUCAAGACGGGGAAGUCUGUCAUGAUUGAAUGUGAUGAUUGCUUGGGUGGAUUUCAUUUGAAAUGCUUGAAGCCUCCGUUGAAAGAUGUUCCUGAUGGGGAUUGGAUUUGUGGGUUCUGCGAGGCGAAGCGAUCUGGGAAGGUGGUUGAGGGGCCUAGGCCUCCUACUGGGAAGAGGAGAGUUAGAACUUUGAGGGAGAAGCUUCUUUCUAGUGACCUAUGGGCGGCACGCAUUGAAAGUUUGUGGAAGGAAACGGAUGGAAGCUAUUGGUUUAAGGGUCGAUGGUAUAUAAUACCAGAAGAAACUGCAACGGGAAGGCAAGCUCAUAACUUGAAGAGAGAGCUUUACAGGACAAACGAUUUUGCUGAUAUUGAGAUGGAGUCAGUCAUAAGGCAUUGUUCGGUCAUGACUCCCAAAGAGUACGCAAAGGAAAACGAAGGAGAUGAUGUUUUCAUGUGUGAAUAUGAGUAUGACGUACGUUGGAAUUCAUUCAAGCGCAUAGCUGAAAUCGACAAUGAGGGAGAGGAAGGUGAAGAUGCUGGGAGCGAUGAAGAUUGGAAUUCGUCCAAAGACGUAGUUUCUGAUUCUGAAGAUGACAUGGAGUAUGAAGCUGAAGCUGAUAAAUAUUUGCCACACAGAACCUCUUCAACACAUGCCCUGGCUGCAAACUCAAAUAAAGGGCACUUUUAUGGCCUUCAGAAGAUAGGAACCAAGAGGAUACCAGAACAUGUAAGGUGUCACAAACAAACUGAUCUAGAAAGAGCAAAAGCAACACUGUUGUUGGCGACAUUGCCCAAAUCUCUUCCUUGCAGGAAUAAAGAAAUGGAUGAGAUUACUACAUUUAUAAAAGGUGCCAUCUGUGACGAUCAGUGUCUAGGUCGUUGCCUCUACAUCCAUGGUGUUCCCGGAACUGGGAAGACAAUGAGUGUGCUAUCCGUAAUGAGGAACUUGAGGUCUGAAGUUGACGCAGGAACAGUAAAGCCAUACUCCUUUGUCGAGGUUAAUGGGCUAAAGUUGGCAUCUCCAGAGAAUAUUUAUAGGGUUAUUUAUGAGGCUCUGAGUGGUCACAGGGUUAGCUGGAAAAAGGCUCUCCAUUUGUUGAAUGAGAGAUUCUCAAAUGGGAAGAGCAUUGGCAAAGGAGAUGACAAGCCAUGUAUUAUACUCAUUGAUGAGCUUGAUCUACUCGUGACUAGAAACCAAUCGGUUAUAUACAAUAUUCUUGAUUGGCCAAAUAAGCCGCAUUCUAAGUUAAUCGUGAUAGGUAUAGCAAAUACAAUGGAUCUUCCAGAAAAGCUGCUCCCUCGCAUUUCUAGCCGUUUGGGUAUCCAGAGGCUUUGCUUUGGCCCCUAUAACUAUCAGCAGCUACAAGAGAUAAUUUCAAGUCGUCUUAAAGGGAUCGACGUGUUUGACAAGCAAGCUGUAGAGUUUGCCUCAAGGAAGGUUGCAGCCAUAUCUGGAGAUGCACGUCGUGCGCUAGAGAUAUGCAGGCGUGCAGCUGAAAUUGCCGAUUAUCGUAUCAAAAUGUUGAGGGAAACUCCCACAGGGAAAGCGAUGGUUGCAAUGUCAGACGUAGAAGCAGCCAUCCAGGAAAUGUUCCAAGCCCCACAUAUCCAAAUGAUGAGAAGUUGCUCAACACUCGGUAAAAUAUUCUUGACAGCCAUGGUAUAUGAGCUUUACAAAACAGGAAUGGGAGAGACAACAUUUGAGCAGUUGGCGACGACUGUUUCAUGUCUCUGUGCGGGCAAUGGAGUAGCCUUUCCCGGCUGGGACACUCUCAUGAGAGUUGGCUGUAUGUUGGGUGAAAGCAGAAUAAUUGUAUGUGAACCAGGAGCUAGGCAUAGGCUGCAGAAAUUGCAGCUCAAUUUUCCAAGUGAUGACGUGACUUUCGCACUGAAAGACAGCAAGGACCUGCCAUGGCUAGCCAAGUUUUUAUGCCAUGGCUAGCUAACUUCAUCGUCUACCUAUAUCCAGCAAUUUUGGGAGGCUGCAACUAGAAAUGUACUUUGGGAGGCUGGUUCAUCAGCUUUAUUUAUUUGUUCAGAACCAUACAAACUGUGGUUCAGAGGCGCUAUUAGCUACCAACAUGGGUGGCUGGAACUAGAAUUGGUACUUUGUUGAUACUUUCUUGCGUUGGUUUCAACAGUUUGUAUCCCUUGAAAUAGUCAAAUGCAUAUACUUUCUUUUUAAAGCUCUAGUUUUACGGGAUACUUUCUUACUUCACCCAGCGAAACCCACUUAAGCCCAGAUCCUUGAAUGAACCUGUAGGCAGCAG